GUGCUGAGUAUGACUGGCUACGAGCGUUGUUAUCAUCGCCGCCACGAGUCGAAUUCUGAAGAAGCGAAGGAUGGCAGGAGACAGCCGCGCGCGGGACGCUAUGGAGAGAGAAGGGGGGUGCGGAUGUUGCGAACCUAAAGCGGAGUGGUUCCUCGGUUGGUAUCGACUCGCAAACCGCAGCUGCUUCUUUGCGCACACUGCUCUGCAAGGUAUCUAUCGGAGGAUGUGAUGAAAUAUACAGUUCGAGAUGAAGCCCUACACCCAUCCACUCGGGACCCGGUCCGCUUGUUGCUUCACAGAAUGGGACAUCCAGAACCACAACGAGAAGGGGAGCGAGAGGCGGAGAAGAGGGGCCAUGCGCACCGCGUGCGGCGUGAAGCGCGCAGUUCAUUGGACUACACCCAAGGCAACACAAACAACAAGAUGGACAAUCAACACUUCAAGCUUCAUCACACCUACUUCGGCCUCAUACCCAUUAUUAGGAUGCACUAUAUGCGCAAGACGGUCUCCAUGCAACGCGACCAAUCACCUCCAUUUAUCCCACAAAGUCAUUGCAAUCAUUCUCCUCGACAUUCACUCGGCCUACCACAACGAUGCCAGGAGGAGACCAACUGGACACUGGUCUAUAAGUAGCGGCUCUGUUGUACUCAGUUCACCUUUUCGCUAUAGCAAUCAAGCUACUUCUUCCUCGGCAUGAGAGCUGAAGCACUUAGUGCACAGCAUUACCUCAUCGCCGGCAUGAAAGGUUACGUCCUGGUAUUUGGUGUUGUGGUGCCGACUGACGACUGCAGUAGCAUGCUCGAUGGGU